AUGGGUCUGAUCACAGGACUAUGUACUUUUUUGUUCCACUUACCUCAGAUUUACAAAUGGCUUCUGAAACCUUAUUAUAUCACGUCGUUCCUCAUGACCGUCGCCUUCCUGGUAGUCCGAAAGGCUCCAGGUCUGUGCGAGCACCUGGCGACCCAGAGGGAGGACGGCAACUCCUGCGACUUUGACUGGAGAGAAGUGGAGAUUCUUAUGUUUCUGAGUGCAAUAGUGAUGAUGAAGAACAGGAGAGCUAUCACACUGGAGCAGCACAUAGGCAACUUGUUCAUGUUCAGUAAAGUGGCCAACGUCAUCCUCUUCUUCAGGCUGGACAUUCGGCUGGGCAUCCUUUACGUCUCCCUGUGUGUCGCAUUCCUCAUGACCUGUAAGCCGCCGCUUUACAUGGGCCCUGAAUACAUCAAGUACUUCAGUGACACGACCAUCGAUGAGGAGCUGCAGAAAGACAGUCGUGUCACCUGGAUUGUUGAAUUCUACGCCAACUGGUCCUCUGAUUGCCAGUCGUUUGCUCCCGUCUUUGCCGACCUUUCUCUCAAGUACAACUGUGCUGGACUCAGGUUUGGGAAGGUGGACAUUGGACGCUAUGGAGAGGUUUCACAGAGGUACAAGGUCAGUACCUCUCCUCUGGCAAAGCAGCUGCCCUCGCUAGUGCUUUUCCAAGGUGGGCGGGAAAUUAUGAGACGUCCCAUGGUGGACAGUAAAGGGAGAGCUGUAUCUUGGACCUUCAAUGAUGAGAACAUCAUCCGAGAGUUUAACCUCAACGAGCUCUUCCAGAAGUCGAAGAAGCUGAACAAAGGCCGAGAGUUAAAAGAAGAGGAGCAGAACGGCUCUAAGCCAGAGGAGGGCAUCGACGAGCUCAGUGCUGAGCAGCCCACAGAGAGCAAGAAAGACCAGUGAGGGUGAUUCAGAGAGGGGCUGCAUGGAAUCGGUCAUUUUGUACUAAAAUUGCCAUGCCAUAUGAUAUUAAGGAAGUCCAUAAUACCAUGGAAUGGAGAGAGGAAAAUAGAUUCAACCAACACUAGAUGUCAUCGCUACAUGAAGUCUUCACUGUGGCAAUUAAAUACCCCAAAAAGGCUGGACCACAUUUUCCUGGUGUGACUCGGUAUGAUGCAGAUGAGCACUGAUUUGGACAUUUUAUUACAGACCUUAAGUUAUUUAAGAAAAUGCCUUUUUUUUGUAAUGAUCAUUUUGUUUUUGCUACCUUCAGCAACAUCUCAUUACUGCGUGUAAUCUUUGCUGCCUGUAUUUUGCAACUACAGUGUUUACUGAUGUGUCGUACGUCAAAACAAAGUCAUAGCUGAAAUUGAAAUUAAAAAAGGGUGUAAAAUUAA